AUGCAGCUAGGAAAGCAGCGCGAGCUAAUGAUGAAAAGUUUCUACCAAAGAGGAGUUGUCCCAAGGGCGUUGGCCUUGUCAGUGCCCUCCUGGGUGAGGUGAAGAAGGGAAGGAAAGGCCUUGAAAACCAACAGUUGUGCCAGACAGCCCAGGAAAGAGUCAUGGCCUGAGACCAUAGGGUCACCUGUUCCCUGGCAUUCAUGUCCCUCUCAGGUGGAGGGAGGACCCAGGACAAUGGCUGCUGCUCAUGAUUUGGAGCUGGAGAGUGUGAAUCUGGAUAUGGGGAGAGAGAUGAAAGAAGAGCUGGAGGAAGAGGAGAAAAUGACAGAGGACGGAGGAGGUAAAGGUCCUGCCAAGAAUAAAAAGGUCCACAGGAUUGUCUCAAAAUGGAUGCUUCCUGAAAAGUCCCGAGUAACAUACUUGGAGAGAGCUAACUGCUUCCCCCCACCGGUGUUCAUCAUCUCCAUCAGCCUGGCCGAGCUGGCGGUGUUUAUUUACUAUGCCGUGUGGAAGCCUCAGAAACAGUGGAUCACCUUGGACACGGGCAUCUUGGAGAGUCCCUUCAUCUACCGUCCCGAGAAGAGGGAGGAAGUCUGGAGGUUUAUCUCGUACAUGCUGGUACAUGCUGGAGUUCAGCACAUCUUGGGGAAUCUUGCUAUGCAGCUCGUUUUGGGUAUUCCCUUGGAAAUGGUCCACAAAGGCCUCCGAGUGGGGCUGGUGUAUCUGGCAGGAGUGAUUGCAGGAUCCCUUGCCAGCUCCAUAUUUGACCCACUCAAAUCCCUAGUGGGUGCUUCAGGAGGAGUCUAUGCUCUGAUGGGAGGCUAUUUUAUGAAUGUUCUAGUGAAUUUUCGAGAAAUGAUUCCUGCCUUUGGAAUUGUCAGACUACUGAUCAUCAUCCUUAUAAUUGCAUCAGACAUGGGAUUUGCUCUCUACAGAAGGUUCUUUGUCCCUGCAAAUGGGUCUGCGGUGUCCUUUGCAGCUCACAUUGCCGGUGGAUUUGCUGGAAUGUCCAUAGGUUACACCGUGUUUAGUUGCUUUGAUAAAGCACUGCUGAAAGACCCAAGGUUUUGGAUAGCUAUUGCUGCUUAUUUGGCUUGUGUCUUAUUUGCUGUGUUUUUCAACAUUUUCUUAUCCCCAGCAAACUGACCUGCCCCUAAU